CAGGAUUAACAGGAGGAGGAAAGAGUGCAGAGAGAGAGAGAGCGGCACUGAGACAGGCUUGGAUCCGUUUACCGCCGCUUACACAGACCACAUCUCUGAAAUAACCUCAGUCCUUACAACAGCUUAAUGUUGGAUGGCCAUGGCAUUGGCUACUGCCUUCCUAUCUGAAGACCAGUUCACCUGCUCAAUUUGUCUGGAAGUGUUCAACAACCCAGUGUCAACACCAUGUGGCCACAGCUUCUGCCAGGCCUGCAUCUCCUCCUACUGGGACAGAGGAAGAGGAGGAGGGGGCGCUGCCAAGUCCUACCAGUGUCCCCUCUGCAAGGAGUCCUUCCGCAAGCGACCAGAGCUUCAUAUCAACCGAACCCUGAAGGAAAUCACUGAACAGUUCAAGUGGAUGGCCAGCUCUGGACUUUCAAUGGAUGGAAGAGGUGGAGGGGGAGUGGAGGAUUCCAACUCGCAUCCUCACCAUCAUCAUCAUCGCCCGAGCCUGUCUCUGGCCCAGAAGCCGGCGGAGAUGCCGGAGAGCGUAUUUGCUGAGAUGAUGACUCGUUUUCAGCGGCUGCAGACUCCUGGGGUGUCUGCCACCACCUUUCUCCCUCCCAGUGACUCUCACCCACAAAGCCCCAGUCCAGUUAAUGCUCAUCUGUCUUUCCAGGGUCAGAACAAUGAGUACAACGACCCGCCUCCACCCUACUCAUCUCCCCGCAGGUACACUCUGAGCGGCCCCAGUGACUCCUCCCCCAGUCUGCCUCUGUGUCCCAUCCACCUGAGAGCUCUGGAGUUCUUUUGUCGGACUGACAACACCUGUGUCUGCAGCGUUUGUGUGGAGGCAGCAGAGCAUCGAUUACACCACGUCAUCCCUGCCAAAAGAGAGUGGCACAUCAAGAAGUCCCAGUUAGGUAUUUCAGAGGUGGAGCUGAAGGAUCUAAUCGGUGUCAAAGAGAGGAAAGUGGAGGAAAUGCACACCUCCUUACGAGAGAUACAGGCUGCUGCAGAAAGAGAGACGGAGGGAGCGGUUUGUGCGUUUUCCAAGCUGAUCUCCAGUGUGGAACGCUGCCAAGCCGAAGUCUUGGAGGUGAUCGAGAUGAGUCUGCGAUCGGCUGAGCACAGAGCUCAGAGCCUGCUCAGAGAGCUGGAGGAGGAGAUAGCAGAGCUAAAAAAGAGGAGUACAGCACUGAGCCAGCUGGCAGUGUCUGAAGACUACAUACACUUUCUCAAG